GGAAUCUCGCUAGAAUUUCGACGAGAGUUCGCAUUUCUGUACUAUAAGCACCGAAGAAUUAUAUGUAUAUGUAGGCACAUACAUUUGCAUAUAUGUUAGAUGUACUUACAAGUGAUAAUGAAAAUGUGACGAGGUGACGCGCAGUGCCGUUGCGUAUUUAUGGCACCGGAAAUAGAGCUCAUCGUCAAUUUCAACGCCUGCUAUCGUUAAUUUCAUUCUCCAUAAAUUGAUGCAGGGAUAAGUGUUCGCGAAGUUCGCGUACAAAUUAGGUCAUUGCGACUGUCACCGUUCUCUGUGGGCGCUAACCGUUAUGAGUGCGGAAACCCGUCGGCGUGCUGACGUCGGCACUUCUCUGGACAGAGCCACGCAAGGAUCAAGCCUGAUGUCCGUAUGGUCGACCAGCACCGGGCGCAAUUCAGUAUUUGGCACGGCGGAGAGCGGCGGAGCGGCGCUCGCCACUUCGCAUUUGCCGCUCCACGUACACGUGGCUCACACACAUCUGCGCAGCGCUGACGGCCACUGCUUUCACAAGCCUUACCACGAGCAUUGUCAGUCGACGAUGUCGCAAGCCGGGGAUGGCCUUCACACGCCGGGUUACUUGUCCUGGAGAAAACUGCAACUUAGCCGCGCGAAGCUCAAGGCGUCCAGUAAAACGUCAGCCCUGCUCUCCGGUUUCGCCAUGGUUGCCAUGGUGGAGGUGCAGCUGAAUUCCGACACGCAGGUUCCACCGGAGAUGCUGAUCGCCUUCGCGGUGUGCACGACAUUGCUGGUAGCCGUUCACAUGCUGGCGCUGAUGAUAUCCACGUGUAUACUGCCGAACAUCGAGGCCGUCUGCAAUCUGCACAGCAUAAGCCUCGUCCACGAGUCGCCGCACGAGCGUCUGCACUGGUACAUCGAGAUCGCGUGGGCGUUCUCCACGCUGCUGGGACUGCUACUGUUCCUGCUGGAGAUCGCGAUACUCUGCUGGGUGAAAUUCUACGAUUUCUCGCAGGUGGCCGCCUGGUCCGCCUGCAUAGUGCUGAUACCGGUUUUGAUAAUCUUCCUCGCGUUCGCGAUACACUUCUACCGGAGUCUGGUCGCGCACAAGUACGAGGUGACGGUAUCUGGCAUACGGGAGCUCGAGUUGCUCAAGGAACAGAUCGAGUCCACGGACGUAGAGGGCAGAAACGGCGUGAAUCUCUUGCCUCAGACCGGCGUGGCGCAUGUCGUUUGAACCGGCAGCCUCGAUCCUCCCCGUCGGCGGGAUUAAAUUCAUGUUUAAGAAAGGGAGACGCUUCGCGGCGAAGGAGAUCUGUUUUCGUAAGAAGAGAGAACAAUGACUGCUUGCGGUGUUUUUCUUUUCCUUCCCGAGAAUCCUGUUAGAAAACGCUCUUUCGAGCAUAAAUUACUCGCGGAAUACAUGACAGAACGACCGUCUCUCUUCGUACACGUCGCCGCACGCGCGCUACAGGACGCAGUCGACAAAUGAGAUCUUCCUCUUUUUAUACGCAUGUUUUCUGUGAUGUAAAUCAUUAUAAGCGCGACGAAACUUGAUUUAUGACGCGUGCGCUAUGGAAGUAUCGUGUCGAUUUUGAGGAGAGAGAUGAAAGGGAGGGAGAUCGUUCGAUAUACGUCGUUGUACAUAAUAAACACAUUCCUUCAUUCGCGUUGCGACUUAAACGUAGGAAGAAUAAUAUGCUUUAAGGACAUAUCGAGACUCGCGCAUGCCGCCACAGAAUGAUAGCUGGAAUUAUCUUUUAUUGAAAGGUCACGCGAUUGGCUGUUGCAGUUAAAUUUACAUAUAUGCAGUUAAAUGUACUUAUUUUUUCAGAGAAAUGUUCAUAAAACCAAUCAACACGACCAACGUUUCUUAAAUAUUUUGACGAAUUGUCAGACACGUUUGUUGUUAAUUACGCCGUCACGGCGUAUAGAAAGUCUUUUUUGAGAUACAAGCACAGAUUUAACUCGCGGUGAUUUUCCCUUACAAUCGAUCUUUCAGUGCGUAAGUACAUUACUCUCAGUAAUACUUCGUAUACUACGACUGCCAUGAGAAACGAAAAGUACGCGGCGGACUACAUGACUUUGCGGGUUAACUUACAUCCAUCUCGAUGGAUCAAGGAUAAAAAUCAUCGUCAGGAAGAUAUAUGUCUAAUUAUUAUUUGUAUAUACUUUUAAGCGCGCGUUGACGCUGAUAAUUGAUGGCUGAUGCGAUUGCCAGAAUAAAAAGUAUAAAAUCGUACGCACGCAUUGCAUCUUAUUUCCACGUUCGUAAAAGCGCAGACUUGUCAAUAUGAAACAUGUAUGGCCAAAUCGAUUGUAAGAAGACGCAAAUCAGACGUGACGCAAUGCACUUAUAAGUGUAGCAUCGCUCGACUGUUUAACCUUGAAAUAAGGAGUGGUAAGGUAUAAAGAUAUAAAUCUAA